AUGUUCAACCGAUCCAUGACCUGCAGAAAAGGAGGGGCGUGGACAAAGGUCGCCAUCUUCAUCUCUCUCUAUGCCCUGCUUCUGGAGAGUCUCACGCAAUGGGCCAUCGUGCUCUACCUAUACGCGGUGCGACGCGUCGACGCGAAAAUGACGCCGAGCUUAAUUAUCGCUCUCGUUGCGUCAUUCUUGACGGUACCUUUAGUUGCUCUUCACAGUCUUCUGGCGUGGCAGUAUAACAGAAUCAUAGGAUUCGCGGGGCAGAAAGCCUUCCUGCAUGCUGCUUGCACCUAUAUCUUACGGCUGACGAUCCUUGUCUGGGUAGCUGCUAGUGCAGCAGGCUUGGUUCUGGUUGCACAGCAGACCCUUUGUCUCGCUGAUGAUGGUGCUGGUAACUUCUGGAAAAUUGGUAUCAGCUGCGUCCUUCAUCGGGUGUCUGUGAUUGUCUCCAUUGUGUCCUUCAUGACCGUGAGCUUGUUCUUUUGCUCGAGAGAGCUCUGCGAGCGGCCAUAUGAUGUAUCACUGCUCGGUGUAUACAGACAAGGGCUUCUAAAUUGCGACGGUAGCAUCCUUUCUGGCUCGAGUCUGGAAAGCGAAAACAGCCUGAAGAACGACAUAUACCAUGUCUGUCGCCGACCGGACAUUACGUACGGGAGAGAUAUGUAUCAGCCAUCAGGUUACGAUGCGUAUCGCAAAUCCGCAAUUCUCCAGCAGCCGAUAGGUGCAUACAUGAAGCCUCAUUUGAAGCUAGAUACGCGAUAUGAAGGCGACAACGAGACGCUACUGUCAGGAACAACCCUCUCGCCCACGGGCACGUACUCAAAAAAGUCCUUCGGGGACACGACCAGCUCUGAUAUCCAUUCAUAUGUCUCUCGCACACCUACGAAGGACACAUCAAAGUCUACCUACGAGCCUUAUCGCCCAGCUGCCGCUAAAGAGCUACCAGGGACAUCGUCCAAGUCCGGGCAUAAAAGACACAAAUCGUCCGUGUCGUCCCUUCGCCGGUUUCUCCCCAAAGUGUUCGCGCUCCCACUCCCACUGUCGGCGGACCCUCAGAUCCGUGCCCUCGCCGACCCCAACACCCCCACGGAUGUUGAAAAGCAGGCAGUGGAAGUGGAGAGACCACCGACGCCUAAGAGAGAAUACGCUCCGGGACACCCGUUGGCUUCAGCUCCAGUUGAGAGGCCACCACCGGCCAUAACAGCCGGGGCCCAAUCAAACCAAUUCAACGACACCAGGCGACGUACUAUGACAAUGAACUCAGGCGAUGCUCCCGAAGUCGUCUUGCCAGAGUCACUCAACGUGCACCGAUCCAACACCUCAUACACAGCUCCAAUCCCACGAACAUACAGCAAUCCUCACCAGACAACAUUUCAUCCCUUACCACCCCCUCCAACAGCCCGGCCUCCGCAGAAUCCCCUCUACCGAGGGCAUCCAGCAGAGCUCGAUCAAACCACUCUCAUAAACACCAGACACAAUAGCGGUCGACAAAGCCAGCUGUACCGGUUCGAACCGAACCAAAUACCACGGUACACCCAGAGCCAGUACACUCCGCAGCAGACGCGCCAGGGCCGUCGAACCUACAACGACCCCCAUCGACGGAUGGCCUCGCUGGCACGCAGAAACGACGUCGAGAUCGUCUACUCAAGUACAAGACGCCCCCGCAGCAACACCUGUGGCGGCAUUGGCUCCGCCAUCUCCAGCCCCCUCGACUGCAUCCGCGAGACCGGGACAUCCGUCGACGAGACCCGGGCGAAUGUGUUCUCCGAUGCGAACACCUACCGAGGCACCAAUCGAACAAGCAGUGGGCAUUAUUACUAG